AUGGGAAAUUCUAAUGCAAAUGAAAUCUAUCAAGAAGAAAGUGAAGUUGAUGAAAUAAACAGAAAUAAAUUUAUAGUUGAUUUAAGAAAUGAUAAAAAUGAUGUAUCUUUAAAAUUAUUUAAUAAAUUAAAUGAAGAUGAAAAACAAAAAUAUUUUAUAUCAAGAAUUAAAAAUUAUUUAACAGAUCAAAAUUAUGAUUUAAACUAUUUAGUUGAUAAUAUUGAUGUAAAGAUUACUUCAUUAUGUUCAAAAUAUAGAAACUUUUGUUAUCCUGAAUUGUUUAAUAAAGAUGGGAUUCCAGUUAAUAAAGGUAUAAUUAUUAUGGAUCAAGAUAAUAUGGAUGAAAGAGUACAAAAAUCAAUAUUUGGUCUAUCAAAUUUAUUUAGUGGUUUAUUUGGUGCAAUCAUUGAAGCAAAAUUAUUAUGUCCACGUGUUACAUCAACUUCUGGUUUAAUUGGAGUUGAUAAUAUCCCACAUUUAAUUGGUGGUGCUUUAUUAGGUGGCGGAUCUUCAGGUUUGUUAGGUGGUUUAUUAGGUGGAGGUAGUGGUGGUUUUAAAACUCAAACCCCUGUACCUACCCAACCAAAUGGUGGUGGUACUGGUUUCAUUGGUGGUUUCAUAAGUGGUGGAAGUACAAAUGGUGGUGUAACACCAUCUUUAACUCCAACUCCAACAUCGAAACCAUCAAGUGGUUUUUUAGGUGGAUUUAUAGGUGGUGGUGGAUCAACACCAACACCCGCACAAACACUUUCAUCAACUCCAACCCCAACCUCAACUCCAACCCCAAAUCCAACUCAAAAACCAGUAUCUAGUUUCUUGGGUGGUUUAUUUGGUGGUUCAACAACUGGUACAACACAACCUAUUCAAACACCUUCACCAACCCAACCACUACCUACACCAACACCUACAACUACACCCACUCAAUCACAAACACCAACACCCACUCCAACUAAAGAAUCUGGUUUUUUAGGAGGCUAUUUCGGUGGCUACAAUACACCUACACCAACACCAACACCUACAACUACAACUACAGCCACCCAAUCACAAACACCAACACCCACUCCAACUAAAGCAUCUGCACCAACACCAACACAAACUCAAACCCUAACACCAACACCAACACUAACACCAACCCCAACUCAAACCCCAACAAUAACACCAACACUAACACCAACACCAACUCAAACUCAAACACCAACACCAACACCAACAAAAGCAUCUGCAUCUGGUUUCUUUGGAGGCUUUUUAGGUGGAAUCAAUACACCAACCUCGACACCAACACAAACAUCAACUCAAACACCAACACCAACACAAACUCCAACGCAAACACCAACACAAACACCAACAACUCAAACUCCAACACCAACACCAACCCAAACUCCGACUCCAACACAAACUCCAACUCCAACACAAACUCCAACUCCAACACCAACACAAACCCACACACCAACACCAACACCAACACAAACACAAACACAAACACAAACACAAACACAAACACAAAAUUCAACACAAACACAAACUCCAACACAAACACAAACUCCAAAACCAACACAAACACAAACUCAAACACAAACACCAACACAAACACCAACACAAACACAAACACAAACACAAACUCAAACACAAACACCAACUCAAACUCAAACAUCAACACCAACUCAAACUCAAACACAAACUCCAACACAAACCCAAACUCCAAAACCAACUCAAACUAAAACACCAACACCAACUCAAACCCAAACACAAACUCCAACACAAACUCAAACUCCAAAACCAAUACAAACUCAAACACAAACUCCAACUCAAACUCAAACACCAACACCAACUCAAACUCAAACACCAACUCAAACUCAAACUCAAACACCAACCCCAACUCAAACGCAUUCUACUCCUCCGCCAUCCAAUCUAUUGCCAGUGGAUACAUCGGUGAAUUUUCAAAUAUAA